AUGGCACCCAGGCUGGACCCUGAGCAGGCUGCUGUGUGCGGCUUGCCGGGCGCCAGGCGCCAGGACAGACGCUGCUGUGGAAAAGCAUCUCCCCCGGAGACCGUCCAGUGUCUGUGUGGGCUCCACCAGUGGACACCUCACGAGGUGCUCUCCUGUAAGAGCUCUGCCUUCUCCUGCCGGGUCACCUGCGUUCGGCCAUCGGCCACCCUCUUUGGGGGUCUCCAACAUAUGAAACAAGCUGAGAAGAAGUCUGUGAUCCAACCAUUCGUAAAGAUUUCCACAAAUCCCAUGAAACUGCGGGAAACUCAGCCCAUGCAACAAGCAGGCAGGCUUUCUGUGGUCAUUCAGCUUGAGCAGAUUGUUAAAGUCAUGCCGAAAACGCACAUGGGGCGGGGGCUGGAGGGGGCGCCCGGCCGGACUCGGGAGCCGCGGCGUGGUGGGGCGGGUGGGUCGCGGUGCUCGGGGCUCGCGGGGGUCAGCGGCCCGGACACCCCCGCACCCCGGGCGCAGCGGCGGAGGACCAAGGGCCGCGCUCCCCUCCCCAGGGCCCCGAGUCCAGGAGAGACCCCCGUUCGUUCCGGACAGCCGAUCCCCGCGACCGCCGAGAGCCCAGCGGAGCAACCCCGGGAGGAGCCCCCGCCCUGGCCCCACGCGCUUGGCUUCGGCUUCAGCUCCUGCUUCUGUGCCGGCUGGGGCGGCGGGACCCUCGGCGGGGGCGGUGACUGCGGGCGCGGCGCGGGCCGCUCAUUGUCUUCCGGCCGGGGUUGCCGCGUCCCGGGGGAGGGCCUGUGGAGACCCCGCGAGGAGGCCCCCACGCCCCCCACGCGGCCUCCCGGAGGCGGAGCGGAGACCACCCACCGCCGCCCACCCCGCCGCGGGCAGCGCUGCCCCCUCCUCUCCCGGUCCCCCCUCCCCUCCCCUCGGCUCCCCUCCCUCCCCUGCCGGCCUCCCCUCCCCGCCUCUCCCCUGCCGGCCUCCCCUUUUCUCCCCUCCCGCCUACUGCCGCCCUCGCCGACCACCUCCCACCCGCCGCCCCCUCCGACCCGCGCCUCGGGCUGCUUCCCGCUCCGCCCGCCAGGCCCCGCCGCUGCCUCCCCGGGGUCCGCCCUACCUCGUCGCGGCUCCUCUUCAGCCCCCGGGCCCGGGACGCGCAGCCAGGCGGGUGGGCUCCGGCGCAUGCGCGCGGCCGCUUCCCGGCACCUGUGGGAGCCACGGCCCGGCCUCUCCGAGCACCUGCGAGCGCGAGCUGCUCCUCCGACCCGCAGCGGGGCGUGGGCGGCAGAGGGGGCGGUGGACAGGCCUCUCCGCCUCUCCAGGCCGCGCGGAGCCAGCGCUCCAGCUCCAGGAUGCGAGGGGCGCGCGCGGGGCGCGGGGAGGGGGGCGGGCGCGUGCACACGGGGCGUUCUCGGGCGCGCGCCCCCUGGCCGGGUCUGCGGAGGGGCUGCGGGUUCCCCCGGGCUUCCCUGCCCCGCGCCUGCCCGCCGGGCGCUUCUCCCCCUCCAGGACCGCGGCCCACGUCCCCACUCGAGCCCGAGCCCGCGCCCACGCGCGGGGGCCGCUUCCUGCGAGGAGGCGGGGACAGGUGUCCGCGGGCGCAAACAGCGGAGUUUCGUGCGCCUAUUUUUUGGUAAAAGUAGAGGCGAUGCGUUGUUGACAUAUUUAGUGGUUAAAAACCUAUUGCCAAAUUCUCAACAGAUUCCAGAAUUUUUUAAAGUUCACAACACGAGAGUGGACGAAAUGUCGGAGCUUUUCCUCAUAUCCAGAAAUGUGGCCUCUGCUUCCCACUCGGGCCCUGCGGUGCAGACGGGUUCAGGGCGGCGAGGACUGAGCCAGGAGCGCCGAGAGUUCCAGCUGCUCCCAGGCUGGGUUCUAAUUAACGCUGGACCCCUGCUGUCUUUGCCAGUUCCAUGCUGUAUACACAUAAUGAGCCGUUACGACUCCAGCACCAAAGCUAACGCCCCGGGAACAUCUUUAAAACCUUCUUCACUCAGUUGCCAAGAAGAGUAGUACCUGCUGUCAGUACUUGAAUUACAGGAGUCUGAAACUCAGCGAGCUACUGGGAUUUUUUGAAAAUUGAAAACUUCCGUUAACUAUAGCAGAAACAGACCCUUUUGGUGGGGGCUAAAAUAAUUCCCAUGCUGCUCCGUUUUUAUUUUGUUCAAUUUACUCCAAAAAUGUUCCAAACUCUACUGUGAUCUUAGUGCAUCUCUACUUCCUUUUGGCUGCAGAAUAAUACUUCUUUUUCUCUUUUGUUUUUUUUUUUUUUAGAGAUGGAAUCUCACUCUGUCGCCCAGGCUGGAAUGCACUGGUGCAAUCUCGGCUCACUGCGAUCUCUGCGUCCUGGGUUCAAGCAAUUCUCCUGCCUCAGCCUCCCAAGUAGCUGUGACUACAGGCGUGCACCACCACACCCAGCUAAAUUUUGUAUUUUUAGUAGAGACAGGGUUUCACUGUACAUUGGCCAGGCUGGUCUCGAUCUCCUGACCUCAAGUGAUCCACCUGUCUUGGCCUCCCAAAGUGCUGGGAUUACAGGCAUGAGCCACCGCGCCUGGCCUAACUACCCCCAUUCUUUUCCAGAGAAACGUGAGCAGGCCAAACAAAGCCUCACCUGGCUAUCCCGCCACCCUGGGGUUGGGCCUCCAAAGGCCCAGGAGGUCACCUAAGACACGGUGUUCUGAACAUGCAAGCCCGACAGCAUCUUGUCUACCAUCCUGCCAGCGUCCAGAGACCUGGGAAUAGGUCAUACCCCCCACUGCAUUUUACAAGCUUGGCAUACAUUAGGUUCUCAAUAAAUACUGAAUUAAUGAAAAAAUUGCUGAAGUAACUUAAAACAUCCAUCCAAACCCCACACCAUCUGGUAGAUAAGUAGUCUGUGGGGAGUCCCAUAUUUUUCUUGCUUUAGAUAUUUAUUUGGAAAUGGACUGUAGGCCCAAUAUGGUCAAUGAAACUUGCAGAGGAACAUUUCAUGCCUUUAAUUAGUUCUUCGUAACUACAGGGACCUCUAGAGUUCCUGAAAUUGAACUGGGUUGUAAUACUGUCAAGAAGAAGGAGGGGACCUAUCUUAAAUCUAUUUCAAGGGUAAUACUAUUUUACUAUGUAAAUUUUCCCCUGGUCAGGGACAGCCUGAUCAUGCAUGGUAGACUCAAAGCAUGCAAAUAUUUCAACAUGCAAAACCGCCCUAAAAAUAUAAGCGAUGCUUAUGGAGUUGUCCAGGGUACAGUGGUUUACUGGCCCCUGAAUGCGGGACUCCAUCAAACUGGGUUCCAGGCUGGGAGGUCUCUGAACCCAAUUUGUAGACAGCCCGCUUUGGAGUUCAACUGAUGGGACCUUAGACACCAGCCUUACCCUGUGCAAGUCUUGUGAUUUGGAACCAGAUACUUGGCCUCUCUGUGCUCCAGGGAGACACCACUGCACCUACCUGAGAG